AUGGCCUCCCGCGCAUUCCUUCCGGCUGUCCGAACAGCUUCCCGCACCUUUACCAAUGCUGUCCCUCGAAGGAGCUUCCAGACCAGCCAGGCUUUGAGGAGCGAAGUUGCACCUGUCAGGAAACCGGUUGGCGCUUUCCGUGGAGGGCUCUUUGGGUUCCUUCUCGGUGCGACCACAUCUGGCGCAGGCAUGUACUACUACGUUGUCGACGAAUACAGAGUUUCAAACGAGCUUUUGACCGAGGAUAUCUACGCUCUUCAAUCCGCGGUCCAAAGGAUAGAAGCAUACGUCAAGACACUCGAGGAGAAGGUUGACGCGAAGAGGAAGUAA